UCAGAGGUUGGUAUGCGAGACACAACCGAUCCUCUUCAGCUUGCUGGGAGGAGCAAAAGAGACAUCACUGCUGGGUCAUGGAUCAUCACACAUCAGGCCAACAUAAUCAACCCAGCCAAGCAUCAAGUUUCCAGUGGCUUUCUUUUGCUUACCAGGGCCUUACAGAAAUUCCUUAUGAAACCAUACUUACACAGACAGACACUCUGGAGGUGCUGGACUUGAGUUACAAUCUGCUGGAUGAUUGUUAUUGGAACCCGGCUCUGCUGGGGCGCCUGGAGAAGCUCAGUACUCUGAUUCUGGACUGCAACAACUACACGUCUCAUGUCAAGUUUCCCUACAUGCCAAGUGUCACCACGGUGUGCAUCAACAAGAACAAGAUCAACAACCUGCCUGUUUUUGUGGAGGAGGUCUGGCGAAAGUUCCCCAACAUCAAGAUCCUUAGUAUGAUGAACAAUGAGGCAGCACCUAGCUAUUUUAAUGGAGGAAGUCUGACUCAAUACAUAGACUACAGACUAUAUGUGAUCAGUCAGAUCCCAGGUCUGGAGAUUCUGGAUGACACGGAGGUCCUGGAGAAGGAGAGAGCCGAGGCUAGAAAAACCUACCGACGACAGCAGAGCGGCCACAGCAGCAGAAAGCGGAAAGAGGACUCAUCUAAGAAACACGCUGACAUUCAGAAAAACCCAAAUACCAUUAUAAAAUAAUAGGAUAUAUUGCAUGUUCAAGCCCUUUCCAAAACAUCACCUUGUUAAUAGUACAAUAUAUAUAUAUUCUGUGUCUUCUUGUAUUAUCAUUUAUUUGAAGCUAUGGUAUGUAGUUACAGACUCCUGGGCAUAAAUCUCUGGUAGCCCCUCGCCAGCUUGAUUUGAUGAUCAGGCUUUUUUUCUCCCUUUAAUAAUUAGACAUAUCAUACAGAAAAACGUACAUAAAUGUGCAGAGAACAGUUUUAAAGGGAGACUGUUGUACCUUACUGAAAAAAAUGAAAACUAUCACAACACAGCUUCACUAAAAACUUGAAAU